AUGGCUGCUGUGGUGGUCGACUCCCAGGACUUGACCAAGACUGAUGACCAGGUCCGGGAUGCCUCGCAACUUGUUGCAGCCACCGAGGCCGAUGCUAAAGGCCCCGACCAAUCCUUGUCAACUCCAGAGGCUUCAGAGACUCUAGAGGAGGGAAGAGGGAGCCAAGAUGACAAGCGCAAUGGUGCCCUUGUGCCUGUCACUGACGCUUCUCAGGUGGUUCAACCGAUGGAGGGGAUGACUUGGCAACAGCUUGACAGUUACAACUCCAGUCAGGCUUACUGCCACCAUUGCAAGAAGCUUGUUGACACAAAGAUUGAGAAGGUGAUUCGAAAGAAAGGUCACCGGUCUCUGACUUGCCAGGCAUGCCACAACAUUUGCACGAUGUUGUACAAGAAUUUCGACAUGCAAGCUCUUGGGUGGCAGACUUUAGGAAGUGAAGACUUGGUGUCCUUUUUCAAGAGUGCGCACAUGUGCAAAGAUGCCGGCGGCAGAUUCAAGCUGGACAAGAUCAAGCUUCAGAUCACAGAGACUUUGACCACAAUCCACAGAACUUUGACCAGGAAGACCUCAGGUGGAUCUUUUCUGCCGCUGUCAGUCUACGAGCAACAAGGCUACGACGUCAAGGCCAUCGAAGAGAAGGCCGAAUGGAUGUCUUCGGCAUUGUUUGGAAAGGUAUUCCGUGUCGCGACCAUCACGGUGGACCACGAAAAGAUUGAGGAGGUUGUGCGAGAACGGGUGCAGUCAGCAAUGAGAAAGGUCGGGGGCCAGAAACGCUCUGCGCCCAAAGAUGGUGAAGGUGAGCAGGAUGAUGUGGACAUGGAGUCCCUUGCCAGCUUGGAGUCUAGUGACUCAGAAGCAUCUUCGGUGCCAAAGCGUCAGAAGUCGAAGACAGGCAAGGCCAAGAAGGUGAAAAAGCAGAAGACCCAGAAGCUCACAGGGGAACAGAAGAAGAUCAAAAAGGAGAACCAGGCACAGAUCAAGAAGGCCAGAGCCUUAGAGAAGGUGGUGGCACCCGCGCUCCCUGCAGCCAAGCGAGCUUUGAAGGCUGACCAUGCGCCUGUUGCGUUGGAAGGCUUGGUUCAAGCAGCCAAGGAAAGCAUCAAGUCUGCCACGAAAUUCAUCGCCAAUGCAGAGAAGUUGUCUGCAAAGGGCGAGAAAUGCGAUCCCUGGGAGUUCGACGCCAAGAAGUGUGCCAAAGAGUUGAGAGCGACAACUGCAGAAGCAGAGCAGUUGGCCAAAAUUGUGAAGAAUCUUGGCACCGACGGCUUGGCAACCUUGGCCAAGACAGCGGUUGAAGCUGCCCAGGCAGAGGCCACCAAGAACAAUGAGCAGUGA